GCAACCACGAACGUGCCAGUGGACACAAACGUCAUUGCUUCUAUUCCUCGCAACCACAUCGCCGUCAGACGCGCCGAUUGCAAUCCGAGCUCAACCAUACCAUCGCGUAUCACGACCCCACCUACCCUGCGCCGAACCAGCGAUACCACCAAUUGCCAGAAUGGAUACAAACAUGGAGGACGUCGGGCGCGUGCCCACAGAGCUGACCUCGUCCAACCUUGAGCCCGCCACGAUCCCGACUCUCGAUGGCUGGAUCGAGAGCUUGAUGCAGUGCAAGCAGCUCGCCGAGUCAGAUGUCCAGAGACUGUGCGAUAAGGCACGCGAGGUCCUGCAAGAAGAGUCCAACGUACAACCCGUCAAAUGCCCCGUGACCGUCUGCGGCGACAUUCACGGCCAGUUCCACGAUUUGAUGGAGUUAUUCAAGAUUGGCGGGCCCAACCCGGACACCAACUAUCUCUUCAUGGGGGAUUACGUCGAUCGGGGGUACUACUCGGUCGAGACGGUCACCCUGCUUGUGGCGCUUAAAAUCCGAUACCCGCAGCGCAUCACUAUCCUGCGCGGCAACCACGAGUCCCGCCAGAUCACACAGGUCUACGGCUUCUACGACGAGUGCCUGCGCAAGUACGGCAAUGCCAAUGUGUGGAAGUACUUCACCGACCUAUUUGACUAUCUCCCCCUCACCGCCCUCAUCGACAACCAGAUAUUCUGCCUGCACGGCGGUCUCUCGCCGAGCAUCGACACGCUCGACAACAUCCGAGCCUUGGACCGGAUCCAGGAGGUGCCGCAUGAAGGUCCCAUGUGCGACCUCUUGUGGUCUGACCCCGACGACCGGUGCGGCUGGGGCAUCUCGCCCCGCGGUGCGGGGUACACGUUCGGCCAGGACAUAUCAGAGGCAUUCAACCACAACAACGGCCUGACGCUGAUUGCUCGGGCACAUCAGCUCGUGAUGGAGGGAUACAACUGGUCGCAGGACCGUAAUGUGGUCACGAUCUUCUCCGCUCCCAACUAUUGCUACAGAUGCGGUAAUCAGGCGGCGAUAAUGGAGAUCGACGAACAUUUGAAAUACACCUUCUUGCAGUUUGACCCGUGCCCAAGAGCCGGUGAGCCCAUGGUUUCAAGGAGGACCCCGGACUACUUCCUGUAAUGGAGUUGAGCCAAUCCUGUUUUCUAGCCAUGCAGCCGCAUAGAGCUGGGACCAGUUUAGAGGGGAAAGGCGUCUGGGGAUAUGUCGACCCAGGUUUUGUCCUCCACAUCCUGCCGCCGCCACAACGGGCUGGGCGGUGGAGGAGUGACGUGCACUUGAUGUAUCAAGAGAAACCCGACAAAGACGGUUACUUGCUCCCUUCUUUCUUUCCCCUUCUGUGAAACCCGGGAAGAAAUGCCCGGGUUUCGGUCCGGGUAACUGAACACACUGAAACGGGAAGUCAGCUGCCGGUUGAACCUGGGGCUUGCUUACCUAUUUUUGUUGGAAGCCAGCUCUCGUUAUAUACCUAAAGG